UUUUUGUAUCAACUUUUAAAGAGGUACAUCUUUAAACCAAUAAACUCAAUUUAAUUCUAUUCUAUUCUUUGUAUAUUUUCCACUUACUGCUUACUGGGGUACAUUUAGGGAUCUUUGUGUACACAUACAAUCAGACAAAGCAGGAUUAUUUCGAAGAAUUAAUCAAACCAUUUUACAAUGCUUCCUUAUAAUGUAGGAGACGGUUUACUGUUAAUCUUUGAUAAAAGACUCUAAAUGUUGGUGCUGAGUAAACGUCUCUAUUAUGUUUUCAGUCAAAUGUCCUCGAGUUGUUUUUACACGCAGCUGUCCAUACAUUCACAGCAAAGAGCCUUGUGCUGAAGCGACAAGGUCGGCUUUGUGCGCUUUCUUCACCAGGGACUUUGCCAUUUCUCUGUCUGAGAAAUUCAGGAGGCUCUAAUAAGAAAUGCUUCUCUUUUGUGUACACUCUGUUCUCUGACAGAAAUAACUCAGUUCUCCAAAGACCUUCUAAUUUGGCCUCACGCUUAAUAAACAGUAAUACAGAGUCAGGGGACAAAGCAAUAUAAACAUUUCACAAAAUGAAGACUCUAAAUUAAGUUAAUGAUGGUAAUAAACUGUGCUGUAAAUGUGGGUCAUUGUAAGUUGACUGCCAACUAACAGCACAGGUCACCUGUUCAAUAGGCUUUUGUAGUCGUGGCUUGAUAAACAGCUCAGCGCAGCUCCAAAUCAGGCCAGAAUUAUGUGUUGAGCCUACGGGUGAAAAUAUUUUAAGGAUUUACUCAUUUAGCAACAGUAAACAACAAACUCUUUGGUGCCGGUUUCAACAGGUUUCUAGAUGCCUCCCCUUAAUUUAGGUCCUAGUAUGUAGGUCUUUGCAGCACUGAUUUUACUCAUUUGUAGAAAGAACAUCAGCAUCAACAUCGCUAUUGUUUAACAGCUCAUCUCUCUUUUCCUUUUUUAGAUAACGAACUUCCAUGACUGAGGUUGAAAGGCAUCCUUGCCAUCAUCCUAAUCUUUAGCUCCGCCCACAGACUCCAGUCGAGACUCUGCCCGGUUAAAAUAAAAGAUUAUUUUGACUCGUAAUCUGCCAGGGAUAUGAGUAAUUGCGGCCAUACCUCCAUAUCUUGGCAUAAUACUACUCAACCGAAGAGGAGUUUAGACGGCAUGCAAAGUUGUGAAAUUUCCUCAGACAGCACUGAUGAUCCUCUUAGUAGCGGCUUUCGCCCUCAUCGACAGCCUCGAAUAGUAGUAAUCGGUGCUGGCUUGGCCGGCCUUGCUGCAACAAGGGUCCUACUGAAAAACGGAUUCACGGAUGUCACCGUCCUAGAAGCAUCAGACCACAUUGGUGGGAGAGUUCAGAGUGUUAAGAACGGAGAAGCAACUUUGGAACUUGGAGCUACCUGGAUUCAUGGUGCCAACGGAAACCCAGUGUACCACCUGGCAGAGGAAAAUGGGCUGCUGGAGCACACCACAGACGGCGAGAGGAGUGUGGGACGCAUCAGCCUGUACACCAAGAACGGUGUGGCUCACUAUCAGACCAACAUGGGCAAAAGGAUCCCCAAAGACCUGGUGGAGGAGUUCAGUGACCUGUACAAUCAGGUAUAUGAACUGACUCAGGAGUUCUUCCAGAACGGGAAACCAGUUUGUGCUGAGAGCCAGAACAGCGUCGGCGUUUUUACUCGAGACUUGGUGCGCAAGAGGAUUAUGGAGGACCUUGAUGAUUCUGAAAGCACCAAGAAGCUCAAACUCUCGAUGCUUCAACAGUACCUCAAGGUGGAGAGCUGUGAGAGCAGCUCUCCCAGCAUGGAUGAGGUGUCUUUGAGUGAGUUCGGAGAGUGGACAGAGAUUCCUGGCGCACAUUAUGUCAUUCCUGAAGGCUUCAUGAAAAUUGUGGACCUCCUGGCCCAGGACAUCCCGACACACACCAUCUGCCUUUGCAAACCAGUCCGCUGCAUCCACUGGAAUUACUCAGCCCAGCAUCGAGAAGUCAUCGGCAAGAGCAGCCAUGUCAAGAUGGAGGACAACCACAACGACAACAACCACCAACGUAACGAGGACCCCCUGAUCCUGGGUCAGCCCAUUUUGGUGGAGUGCGAGGAUGAGGAGUGGAUCUCAGCAGACCACGUCAUCGUGACGACUUCCCUAGGCGUGCUGAAGCAGAACCAUGAGGCCAUGUUCUCUCCAUCUCUUCCUGAAGACAAGGUGCUCGCCAUCGAGAAGCUGGGCAUCAGCACCACUGACAAGAUUUUCCUAGAGUUUGAGGAGCCCUUCUGGAGCCCAGAGUGCAACAGCAUCCAGUUCGUGUGGGAGGAUGAAGCUCAGCUCGAACAGCUGGCGUACCCCGAAGAUUUGUGGUACAAGAAAAUCUGCAGCUUCGACGUCCUCUACCCGCCAGAGCGCUACGGCUACAUGCUAAGUGGCUGGAUCUGCGGCCAAGAAGCGCUGCACAUGGAGCGCUGCGAUGACGAGACAGUGGCUGAAACCUGCACCGAGCUGCUGAGGCGCUUCACAGGGAAUCCUGACAUUCCAAAGCCCAAGCGUAUCCUGCGCUCAUCUUGGGGCAGCAACCCCUACAUCCGAGGCUCCUACUCCUUCACCAGGGUCGGGUCCAGUGGACAAGACUGUGAAAGGCUGGCCAUGCCGCUGCCUUAUGCCAACAGCACCAAGGCUCCGCCGCUGCAGGUCCUGUUUGCAGGAGAGGCCACCCACAGAAAGUACUAUUCCACAACACAUGGUGCUUUGCUCUCAGGGCAGAGAGAGGCCACCCGCUUGAUGGAGGUGUACCACGACCACAAAGCCUAAUACAAUCUAUAUAAAGUUAUUGAGCCUCCAACUAGUGAAAAAAAUUACAAACCAUUGACUUAAAGCUUUCUGUCUUAACAAUUAGGUUCCAUGUGUAAGCAUAGCUCGGGCAUUAUUACACUGAUGAGUAUUUUUCACGUACUGUAGGUUUUAAAUCAGCUUAAUUUCGUUUUAAAUGUUUUGUUUAAACAGUUAUCAACGGUGCUGUAAUUUCUUGUCUUGGCCAUUCUUUCAUGAUGCUGUUACUGUUUGUUUUUUUUCUAAAUCAGGAAUUUCAUGUUUAUAGCAGCAACAUCUUUAAUUUACCUUUUUAUAAGUGCCUUCUGUAUUUAAUAUCAUGUUUCUUUGAAAAUAAUGGAGAUAAUUAACAAAAAAGUCAAAUUUUAACAAAAUAAAAGUUCUAUGAUCAUUC